UGGGUUUUCGCGAAACGGCGAGCGCUUCGUCGCACUGUCUGUCACCACACAUCGAAUCACACCAAAUUUUCUCCUAAUCCAAACCGAGAAAUAGUUUCUUGAAAAAAUCGCAAACUUCCGUCACUCCAGUGCACUCGCGGAAGGGCCACCAUGGCUUCGCUAAUUCUGUUGAACGGUGCCCAGCUGGCCAAGCAGCAAACCGGUGCCCUGGGGAUUGUCUGCCUGAGGGCCAACUACAGCUCGGAUGCGCCGCGUAAGCUGCGGACCACCAAUCUGGCCGAGAUGAAGCGCGGCACGGGAGGAAGGUCGAGCUUUAACGGAGUUGUGGCCACCGUUUUCGGAAGCACCGGAUUUUUGGGCCGUUACGUUUGUAACAAGCUGGGCAAGACGGGUUCCCAGGUGAUUAUUCCGUAUCGGGCGGACCAUUACGAAGCAUUGCGCUUGAAGUUGGUCGGGGACCUGGGACAGGUUCUGUUCACCCCGUACCAUCUGUGCGAUGAGGAAUCGAUCUACAAGGCGGUGAAGCAUUCGAAUGUCGUUAUCAACCUGGUUGGCCGCGAUUGGGAAACGAAGAACUUUACGUUUGAUGAUGUCCACGUUCAGGGGGCUCGUCGAUUGGCGCGCAUUUCCAAGCAAGCCGGAGUGGAGAAGUUCAUCCAUCUGUCGAGCUUGAAUUGCACUCCGAACCCGACGCCGAUUCUGACCAAGGAGGGCAGCAAGUUCCUCAAGAGCAAAUACUACGGCGAGCUGGCGGUCCGUGAGGAAUUCCCUGAAGCCGUCAUCUUCCGCCCAGCGGACAUCUACGGACAGGAGGAUCGUUUCCUGCGCUACUAUGCGCACCUGUGGCGUCGCCAGUUCCGUGGAAUGCCACUCUGGUACAAAGGUGAAAGGACCGUCAAGCAACCGGUCCAUUGUUCGGACGUUGCCCAGGGUAUUGUGAAUGCCAUCAAGGACUCCGACAGCCAGAACCAAGUGUACCAGGCCGUGGGUCCCCGUCGCUACAAACUGUCCGAACUGGUCGACUGGUUCCACCGGGAGAUGCGUAAGGAUGCCGAUUGGUGGGGCUAUUGGCGUUACGAUCUGCGUUUCGAUCCGACCUUCAUGCUGAAGGUGAAGCUGACCGAGUUCAUUAGUCCGUCGUUCCCGGUCGGGGAUUUGCACACCGAACGCGUCGAGCGGGAGUACGUGACCGACGACGUCAAGAAGGGCGUAAAGACGCUGGAGGAUUUGGGCGUCAACCUGACGCUGAUGGAGGAUCAGGUCCCAUGGGAGCUGAGACCAUUCCGGGCUGCUCUGUACUACGACGCCGAGUUGGGCGAAUUCGAAAAGCCAACUCCACCACAGUUCAUUCAAUAGAUUAUUUAGGGGGAAAGGCUACUCCAGUGGUAACGAACAUCUCAGCCACACAGGUGCUGUCGAUUACACAAUAUACAGUUUUCCGAUUCGGUUGAAAAAUUGUGUUAAAUUUCGAAAUCAUUAUAAUAAAUUAUAAAAAAUAACUAAA